AUGGAGUCAUCUUCUAAUCACAUGACAUGUCUCUUGAAGAUAGAAUCACCUCUUCGUGGAUGGAAAAAAUCAUUGGAAAAAUUACUCAAAACCAUUAAUGAUGUGAGUUUUAUGAUUGACAAGCGAAGCAAAACGGUAUAUGUAACUGGAAAAGUUGAUCCACAAGUAAUACUUGAAAAGAUUACAAAAGCAGGCAACAAUGUUGUCAUAGUAUGGAGCAAUGAUGGACGGAAUAAGCAACCGAAAAAUCGAAAAGAUCAUUCGAUGGAACAAUGUUAUGCGUCAGGAUAUAUAAAUGUUCCUAAUGGUUACUCAAAUUAUCCUCCACCUGAUUAUUGGAUGCAUCAACCAUACAAUAAUGCUACUUUUGCUCUUCCACCACCAUAUACACGUCAGUUCCAUCUGCAACCACCAGCACCGCCACCGUACGAGUUCCACCAGAAUGAACCGGUGCCUAAGAGUUUUCCGCCUACGCCACCACCGCCAAAGAACUUUGUCAUGGGAGAUUUAAAAUUGGUAGGAUGCAUAGUCAUGUGA